GAUGCAAAUUUUAGCUUGGGCCAAAGUAGGUUCAAGCUUUGCCUCGGCCCAGCCCGGUUGCAGCCCUAGCAACAGCCCUGUCCUUGAAUGGGUACAAUGGCAGGGAACCCAUACAGCCACCACAUAUUCCCUUGAAAGAAAAAGGUUGGUGUCCCUUUUUAUUCUCGACUAGUUCGUUUCAUGCAUAGAUUACCACAGUGCAUCCACAACAUGUGCCUUAAAAGUUUACUGGUGAUGUUCAUCACUUGUAGCAAAUAACUUACAUAAAAGUCGCCGGCACUAAUGGGAAUUGACCAGGAGUGGGCCGAUUAAUUCCAUGAAGAAUCAGGAAAUAUCCAUGUCCUCCAGUUCCUUGCUAUAAUAAACUAUACAGCAUCACAUUAUGUAUUCCUACCUAAAAUAAAAUAAAAAAUUUAAAAAUAAAUGAAAAGAAAAUAAAAAAGAUUGGGAAGAGUAAUGGAGAAGAUAUCCCAUGCUUGUGAGCCAAGAAAUAUCCAUCUACUUUCCAUCAAAUGAUUCCAUCACACCAAUUAUAUGCGAAGGAACAAUAGCAGACAGAGAGCGUCAACAUGGAUAGCAACGAUCAACAUGAAACCAACCGUGGCCUCCCCACACCACAUUCCUUCAAGUGGUGCUCGUGGCCUCUAGAGUUCUUAAGAAAAGGGUGCCGUGAUCCUUACAUAAGAGCUACAACUCUCGCGGUCAUCGCAUUGACAGGAGUCCUCAUAAUUUUGAAGAAAAGGAAGCCAAACAAAGAAAGAGCUUCGAAGACAGUGGGCAAGAAACUCAAAUACCAGAGGAGUCUUUCCAUGGCAUCGCUUCACGGAGGGAGGUUCGCGCUUCAGAGGUUGGUCAUGGCGCACCACGCAAAAUUUAAUCCGAAUGUCCUCGCUGCGGCCACAGAACAAUUCAUGGAGUUGUUAAAGGAGGACCUCCCCAACAUUACGGAGUUACAGAGUUUGGCAUCGAUACUGGAAAUGAGUGGAAAGGAAGAGGAAGUAAUACGUAUGCUGCGAGAAGCAUUGCAAAGGGUCCGAAAAGAAGGACGGGCACUGGAGACACAUGAACUGGAAAUGCUCCUUGUUGAGAUGCUUAUCUAUGAGGGACACUAUAAGGAGGCUUUGGAUUGCAAGUGCUUGUAUGAAAAGAAUAUAUCCGAUGCCCGACGUCCUCUUUACAUGGCCAUUAUCCACAUUAUUCUUGAAACGCAACAGGUUGCUGAGGUGUAUUGGAAGGAGUUUAAGGAAAUUCGAAGGGUUCUUCGAGGUCCAUCAGAAUCCUCAGUCCAUGAUCAGAUGAGCGAAAUGACCUCUACCUUCGAGAAAUUCUGUGCAAUUGUGGAAUCAUUGAAGCAAGAGAUAGAACAUGCUGGGAUUGAGAAGAAAGCCAAAUAAUGAUAAAAGAAAACAGUAUUCUACUUAUUUUGAGCAAUAGUGCCUACUUAUUUUGAGCAAUAGUGGCUACAAGUUCUUCUGUAUUAAAGGUGAUUGGAUUGGUUACUUAUAUUUUUCUUUGAAAAUAUGCUACUUCAACAGUGUAAAACAAUCAAUAUUAUUAUUUUAUGUUUCUUUUUCCA